AUGUGCCCAGAGGGAUUUGGAUUCACUACGAUUUCCCUGGUUGGAUCUACAUCUAGAAAGUGUAUUAAAUGCCCAUUAAACACAUUUCAACCAAUAGAUGGAACUCAAGGCGGUUGUAUAAAAUGCCCAGAAAAUACAUAUACGCUGAAAGAGGGAUCUACUUCAUUGCUUGACUGCAUCCCACUCCCAGGGUAUUUCAAUCUUGUCGAUAAUUACAAGGUUAUGGCCGAAAACAUAGAGUCUAGUCACCAAACUUAUAAUGAAAUUAUUCUACAAUCACUUAAAGUGAAUUGUUACAGGAGCGUAGAACUCAUCUCACCAACCAAUAUGAUAUUGAGAGAAAGCAUUGAAUCGUGCGUAGAACUGUGCAAACUUAACCCCUAUUGCAAAUAUGCCCACUACUAUAAAUUCACACAAUUCGCAGGAUCAAGUGAAACCCCAAAAGAAAAUUUUUGUUCCUUGUAUACAACAUUCGGUAACAAAAUCCCUAUAAUUAAAUACGAGCCAGUCAGUAUUAGAGAUGACAACCAUGUUGUGUGUGAAAUUGUCAGGGAUUACGUAUACCCAAAAUUUCUUCUUUGUCCUAGAAACUAUUAUUGCCCAGGUGGGCUCAAUUCUUUGCUGAUUAAGUGUCCACUAAACUCUGUUACACUGAUUGAAGGGUCAUCGAAUCCUGAUCACUGCCUAUGCCUACCAGGAUAUUAUCCAUACAAUAACUUCUGCACCCCUUGCAAGAAGGGAAGUUAUAAACCAACAAUAUCAAAUGAUCUGUGCACCAAAUGCCCUGAAAAUACAACAACUGCAAUGGAAGGCUCAUUCUUCAUUAAUCAAUGUACCUGCACAAAGAACAAAUAUGCUGCACCAUUAAUACAACCAAAGAUCAGUACAACAAACAGAAUCUUAUACACAAAUACGGUUACUGAUGUACAUGAGCAUGGAACAAAGGAUAUAAAUGAGGAAUCUUUAGAUAUUGAUUGGUUAUUGAGUGAAAAUAUAAAGGAUUUAGUUAACAGAAAGUUAGAUUUUUACUGUUCAACUUGUCUUUACGGUUAUUUUUGCAAGGGAAUGUGGUUGUUUUCAAAGGUCCACAUGCCACCAGUUCCCUGUUAUGCUGGAUCCUCAGUCCCGAUUUCCUCUACAAAACAAUCCACAAGCUCAUGUAUGUGUAACCCAGGAUAUGGAAUAAGACCAUUGGUAAGUAAUUUGGAUACGGGAUUUGGAAUGGAGUGUCAAAAAUGCCUACCUGGUACUUUUAAAUUGGUUUACGAAAAUGAACCUUGUCAUGAAUUGUGUCCAGUGUAUUCCACAUCAUUACCUGGUUCUGAAAGUGAAAAGGAGUGCUUUUGCAUACCAGGAUUUUAUAAUAAUUUUAAAAAUGGUAAGUUUCAGUGUAAAAAAUGUCCAUACGGAUCUAUUUGUUAUGGUGGGAUACAAAAUGGUAUCCACACCAAACCUGUUCCAAAAAGUGGUUUUGCAAUAGUAGAUAUAAAUAAUAGUAGAAAUGAGUCCACUAACUCCUUCCUUCAAAUUUUUCCUCAAAAUACUAAUCCAGUUGUCAAAAAUAACCAUAUUAGAUUAACAUAUCCCUGUGUUACUCCUGCCCGUUGUAUAGGAGGAGGCAAGUGUUUCGAAGGAUCUUCUGGACUCCUUUGUACAGAGUGUGAUCCAGGUUAUGAUCUUCAUCAUUUUAAUUCCAAAUGUAAAAAAUGUUCAAGUAAUAUACGUGAAUUAAUUAAGAUUAUUUUACCCAGAAUUACACUGUAUUGCCUAAUAAUUCUACUCUCCUUGUAUAACAAACGAGCCAAUAGUACAUCUGAGCUAUCACUGGUAACCAUUUUUAAGAUUCUAUAUAGUUACACACUAUCACUAGUCCCCCUAGGAAUAAUACCCUCAAACUCACCGUCGAGUAUUAGAAAAUUUUAUAACUUUUACGAAAAAUUCUUUUACCAUCCAUUAAAUUUUUAUGCAUAUGUAGAUCGAGUAAACUGCUUCAGAAACUUGGCAGUAUAUGUAGAUUUUAUUUUAAAUCGCUUGGGUUUUGACAAAAGAGUCCCCAAGCUGACUGAACUUAACUAUAUAGAAAUUUGGUACCUUCAAAGGUACUUUGGAAUAUUCAAACUAAUACUUGAUAUUAUAUUUAUUUUCAUAAUUGAUUUCAUUCUUUACAUAGUAAAUAAAACAUUUUCUAUAUGUCAAAGGUCGCUCAAAAGGCGACUUAAGUUCCUUAGAAUAAAGGUUGGAACAAGUAAUGUUUCUCUGUCAACAUCACAUGAUGAGACUGAAAUAAAAUUUGAAACCGAUCCUAAACUAAUUUUUCAACACAUAGUAGUCUUGAUAUGUUUACAUUUACCAUCUAUAUCUUUAAAUUCACUUUCUAUGUUAUGGUGUACAAAAUUUCCACUAAGAAAAGGUUAUGUGCUUUUGCACAUGCCAAAUCAAGAAUGUACCUUUAAAAAUAAGUACUUUAUGUUUGGUUCCAUAGUUAGUGGGUCAUCAAUGGGUUUUAUUUUUAUAUUACUGUUAUUUUUGUUUUUUAAAUUCUGGAAUUGUGAGUACACCUCGGGCUGGGGGAAUAUAUUUAUUACUGGAUACAGGAAAAAAUAUAGAAACUGGGAUGUUGUUCAAUUGAUAAGACAGAUCCUAAUCAUUUUCCUUAUAGUAUGCAGGAACUCAAUAGACUCGAACAAAUCUGAAAUUAACAGAAUUUUGUUCUACCUAAUCAUUCACAUUAUAUACCUUGUGAUAAUGUUGUCAACCAAACCAUAUGAUUCGAGAUCAGGAUUUGUAUUUUUAAAUUUGGAAAAAUAUUUAAUAGCUUCAAACAUUUUUUCAUCAAUGUUUAUGUACGGAUCAUAUUUUCACAAUUUUUCAAUUAUUUCAGGAUUGCCAUUUAUAGUUUCUGCAAUAUCAUAUGUGUUAAUUUUCUCAACUCUAUUACGAGAGUUUAUAACAAUUUGUUGUAUUAUAUCUAGACCCAGAGAAUAUUUUUGGAGAAAUUUUACCUCCUCUUUCAUAUCAUUUUUUAAACACAACCACUCAUUGCUAUACUUUAAUCAGCAUGAUGAUACCAUGGUUUUUGAAGCUUAUAACAUCUCAAAAAAGAAAUCAAUAGACUCAAUUAUUGAUUCUGUAAAUAUUAAGCGUGAUAAAACCUUUUUAAUUACAUGCUUAAGAGAGGUUAUAGAAGUUUGUAUAUCCCACAAAAACAUAGGUGUAUUUUCUUCUACCCUUUUCUACUUCUACAUCAGGCUUAUAUUCUGGAAUUCCAGAUGUAUGAAGAUUGAUAUUUUCUGUAAAAAUAUCCCAAAAUAUGAGAUAAUCGAGUAUGUACUAUAUUUAUAUUUCUUUAAUAAGAAAUACAAGGGGUUUGCCAAACUGUUUUUGCUAAAUUACCCAUUCAACACAAUAAGGUCUCACAUAGUUUGUUUUCAUAACUCAGAACCUUGCGGUGAAUCAUGCGAACAGUUACAAUACAAAACUUUAGAUGAAUGUUUUGACCAUAUCUCAUCAACUCUGCUUGUGGACAUAUUAUUCGAGGAAUUUUACAACGAUGGACCCAUAACACUAUCUCAAUUCUAUUAUUCCUUAAUCUCACUUAGCCGUAUGAAUAAAUCUGAGAUAGUAAGAAUCUAUGAAAUAUUUACCAAAUAUCUAGAUCUUGUAAGAAAUUUUGGCAUAAAAAUAAAGAAAACUAAACUGAAAGUAAUAGAAAAUGAGAUAAAUGCACUCAAAGAGCGUGCAAAACAAGAAGGAGAUUACGGAGCUCUAAUGUCAGAGAAACAAAAAAGAACAACUGAACUCGAGAGUCUGAGAUUAGAAGUUGAUGAACUUAAAGACUCCUUAGAAGAAGAAAUGAAAAAAAUCGAUUCGAUAGGAACUAGAUUUUCAAGAGCUUCAGCCUUGAAAAUCGGAGUUGAAAAGGUUUUAUCGGAACAUUUGACCAAUGAUGAAAUUAUCAAGUCGAUAUCAAAAUUGGAAAGGAAACUAGGAACGAAUAGAAAAUCAAGUGUUUUUUCUAACAAGAAGAGAGUUGACUCUAUUUAUAAAUUAAAAGUGACAUGA